GCAGAUCUGGUUCUUUAAGCUGCAACCACGAGAUGGGAUUAAUUUUCAAUAAAAGCUAGUACCACAACAAUUCACCAUAUGCUGGUAAUCAUCUUACGAGACAAGGAAAGUGAUGCAGGAGAGACUCCAGGUGUAACAGCUGCAGUCUACUGUGGUAAAGAUGGAGCUUGUUAAAGAGGAAAAUAAGCACAUCAGUGAUCCAGAGUUUUCCAUAAUAAAACAUGAAGAUACUAAGGAUCAAAAAGAUUUGAUGGAAGAGAUGGUGAAAACACAAAAGGAUGUGAAACGUAAAAAGCGGCACACCUGCUCUCAGUGUGGAAAGAGUUUUGGACACAAAAACUACCUUAAAAGUCACAUGAGAAUCCACACUGGAGAGAAACCAUUCACAUGCCCUCAGUGUGGAAGGAGUUUUACUAAUCCAUCAAGUCUCUGUUAUCAUCUGCGUGUUCAUUCAGGAGAAAAGCCAUUUGGCUGUGAUCAGUGUGGCAAAAAGUUUGUUUCAUCAUCACAUCUAAAAACACACCUGAGAAUUCAUUCAGAUGAGAAGCCUCACUUGUGUUCUUACUGUGGAAAGUGUUUUUCAAGGCUGGAGAAUUGCAAACGGCACCAGAAAACACACAAUGCUGUGAGAGAACACAUGUGUUUCGAGUGCGGGAAGAGCUUUACUACAGCUUCCUUUCUAAAACAGCAUCAAAGAAUUCAUACUGGAGAAAAACCUUACAAGUGCUCAUAUUGUGACAAGAGUUUCUUUCGGUCUGAACACUUGAAAUCACAUGAGCGAGUUCAUACUGGAGAGAAGCCGUACCACUGUACUCAGUGUGGAAAGAGUUACACUCAGUCCUCAAGUCUAGUGCAUCAUAUUAAAAACCACUGUUCUGUGAACAAAUGCUAUCCUCUGAAUAGGUGCAUUUUGGUAAACAAUGUGUGAUUCAGGUUAUUCAGUUCUAUUAAAUAUGCCGGUUGAAACUAACUAGCAGUGCAAUUAUGUUGGGAAGCAACAAAAGUGUUUGAUCACCUUGAAAUGAUUACUUCAAUUUGAGUUUUAAAACAUAAUACUGGUCUGCAGGCUCUAUACACUAACACAAAAAUUACCGUUUGACUGAGAAGAUCUCAGAUUACCUGUGAUUUUAAAUAUGCAUGCUCAUUUUAAGUUUUAUUCUUUUCAGUGACAGUAAUAAAAUUUAUUUUUAUUGA